AUGGGCUUUUCACUUAGAAGGGUGCGUCGUUUUGCCGUCUUCGUAUCUGGGCGGGUUCGGCGAUUAUCGGGAAAGACUCGUUGUUCGGUUUGCAUGAAAUAUUACAAGUCCCAUAACCUAAAGGUCCUCCCUCACUGUGCCCAUAAUUACUGCCGAGAAUGCCUCCGUCGAACCUUCUUGCGCCUUGUGGACGAUGGCGGCGAGAGCACAGUUCCUCCUCGCUGUUGCGGGCACGAAAUUACUCUCUCAAUCACUGGAGACUUCCUUGACGGAGUUGAAAACCCCACCGACACGAUAGGGCUCAAAGAAAAGUAUCUACAGGUCCUUGAAAAGCGUACAAAUGAUCCUAUAUUCUGCUCGAGAGGGUGUAUCAAAGACGGAGACGUGGAGUUGGAUGCCGGUCUUGAUACGAAGUGGUUUAUUACGCCAGAAGAGAUCAGGGAGGAAGAAGACUUGGCAAUAUGUGGGAAAUGCAAAGGAGCGGAGAAAGAGGAGAUACGAUAUAAGCGAUUGAGCGGAAAGAAUGGGUGGAGAUGCUGUGAUUCUUGUGGUAUGAUGCUCAGCAGAGAUGUUGGCUGCGCACACGUCGUUUGCAGGUGUGGGAAUGACGUUUGGCUCGCAUUUUAG